AUGAAUUCUAUUCCUAAGAGUCCCGAGCCUGCAAAUGAUUCCAACGAAGAGAGUCUCAACAGAUCUUGUUCUUAUUUGAUGGAAGCGAUUCAUCUACCGAGCGAAGUCUCUUGUCACACUCGCAAGCGGGCUAGCAUUCUUUCCAAAAAGCAACAGAGGUUUGAUGAGGCUUUCCCGACGCUGAAAGGGAUGUGCAGUCUUCAUGACAAAUUGGAGGCGGAAGCAAAAAGUCUUCGCGAUGAGGUUCAUGGCUUAUCUGAGAGGAACAUGCAAUUGGUUGAUAACUUAAGUGAUAGCCUCCGCGGUUAG